CUCUCCCUCGGCCCCAGCUGGGCGUGAGCCGCCCGGCCGAUCCCCCAGCCAUGAGCAGCAUCGCGGCCGUCGGGGAGAGCUACCAGAAGUUCAACCCCAGAGCCUACCUGCAAAACAACUACAUGCCCCCCCGGGCCGACUUCAGCGCCGAGGACUGCGUGGUGCCCUGGAAGCUGCGGUGCCUGGCCGAGGCCUUCGCCACAGGGGACAUCCACGGCCGCACCCUGAUCGACAUCGGCUCCGGCCCCACCAUCUACCAGCUCCUGAGCGCCUGCGACCACUUCGAGGAGAUCAUUGCCACCGACUACCUGGAGGUGAACCGGGAGGUGCUGCGCCGGUGGGUGCGGGGCGAGCCCGACAGCUUCGACUGGAGCCCGUACAUCAAACACGUCUGCCGGAUUGAGGGCAAAGGGGAGCAGUGGAAGGAGAAAGAGCAGAAGCUGAGAGGGAAACUGAGGCAGAUCCUGCCCAUCGACGUCCACCAGUCCGAGCCGCUGGGCUCCCAGUUGUGCCAGCGGGCCGACGCCCUGGUCUCCACCUUCUGCCUGGAGGCGGUGAGCCCCGACCGGCCGAGCUUCGAGAGAGCCCUGCGUAACGUCACCACCCUGCUGCAGCCCGGGGGCCACUUCCUCCUCAUUGGCGCCCUAGAGGAGUCUUUCUACCUGGCCGGUGAGGCCAAGCUCUCGGUGGUGCCGGUGAGCGAGGCCGACGUCAAGGAGGCCUUGAGCAAGAGCGGCUACUACAUCCACGACUUCCGCUCCUACCUCAUGCCGCCCAGCCUGAAAAUCGGCGUGGAUGACGUGAGUGGGGUCUUCUUUGUCCACGCACAGAAGAAGCCCGUGGCCUGAGGCCCGUGGCUAGGCAGGCCUGGCCAAUCCUCUUGUUCUUUGCUAAGAUGCACGUCCCACAGCAGAGUGAAGUUUGGUAGCUAGUCAUGCAAUAGAUGCAUCCAUCCUAGGCAGAUAACCUGAGAUGCUGCGUGAUUCUCCUUAACGCCCCCUCCACCCCCAGCUCCAGAGCGCAUCUCCUUUGCAUGUGGUAGCCAAUUUAGCAGUGAAGGGGUUAAAUAAAACUGGAGGCAGGUGGAUUAGCUGGUUCUCUGAGGGUCUCUUCAUUCAUAAAUUCUACGCUUCUAUUAAUGGCAGGUCCUGUUCCCCUGUGUCUGUGUAGGGCCACACGUGGCCUGAGCAGCUACUGGAGUAUCAGGCAGGGUUGGUUUUCUAUAGCACCCAGGUUCUCCUUGUGCCGUACAGACAGAGUGAAAUCCUACUUGGGGCAUGCAUUUCUAGAGCCUCUUCCUAGCGGCUCCGGGUGCUUUUACAGCACUUUGGGGGGGUUCAAAGUUCUUACAUCAUUCAAUUAAUCUGCAUACCAGCCUGUGAAGCAGAUCUGCCUUAACACCCUUGUUUUAGAAACUGAGUCACAGAAACUAAGAAGGGGCGAGUUAGAGAGCAAGAGCUGGGAUUAGAACUCAGCCAAUUCCUGAUCCUGCACUCAAUGCACUAGUUUCUCUCUCUCCAUAUCGUUUUACAUGAUAUGCAGCCACCUCUGGGGCAGAACUCAGCAGCUGCUAAAGGGCAGACAGUAACAUUCCACAAGAGUUUCGAACAGGUAAUGAAAAACCGCCUCCCACUCCAUCUGAAAGUGAAAGGGAAGUAGGAGGUAGGCAGAAUAUAAAUUACCGAAUCUGGAAUUUCACUGUAUAGGGAGAAGACAAAACUAGCCGUGGUAGAAUUUCAGCAGGAUUCCAACUUCAGAAUUAGCACAAUUUAGUUUUGGUCCCGAUCCCAUCUGCUGAAGAAUUUUAGUGGGCACCCCAGAUAAUUUAGGCCCAACGGUUAGAAUUUUACUGUAUGUUUAAAAAACAUUUCAGAGAACCUAAUAAUGACGAGAUGUUUUCAGGAUUUCCAUGGCACUUUAUCUAGAUAUUUAUUUUGUGGCUAUCGAUACAUAUUCCAUGCUGUUCUCUGAGAGCUAUGCACUGAGCCUGUGUUUUACUGCAUGAGAAUCCACUGAAAAUAAAAGCUAUAAAAUCAA